CACCACUAGUCACACCGACUUGCGAAUUAUAUUUCCGAGCCUACUUUUCCUUCUUCGAAUAUAGACAACUUGAAAAAAAAAACCCUGGACCUAACCUAGUAAAGUCAAACUUAAAAGUGAAAGGCACUGCAGAAACGUAAAGCAUCAUGGCUGCCAACGAAAACCACCACGCCCACCCUGACGACGACCCACGAAACCCUUACGCUUCGGCCAAUAGAUGGAGGCAUCAAGAAUCAUCUGCCUAUGCGCGCGCUGCCGUUGCCCGAGACCCUCAUAGUUCAAUCUCGGAGACCCAAGACCUAUCUCACUACUUAAACUCCACGCGUGUCGAGGGCGAACAUGACCCCAAUGAGGCAGGAAGCUACCAGCCAAUUGUUGUUGGUAACACUGAUGGCGUACACGACGGACUAGCUGAUGAUGGGAAAGAAGUUGUAUGUGGUCCUCUGCUGAAUUAUCGACGCAUGGAUGGCAGGACUUGGUAUGGCAGUGUUUUGCUAGUCACCAAGGGCGGUGGCAAGACACAGAACUUUCACCCGGUGUUGAAGCUCGAGCGCGCAGAAACUAGUGGUACGGGUAACGGCCAUGGCACCAACAUUGAGGGUAUUUGCCUCUAUUCGGAUCCGAGAAACACGUUUUGGCAAUUCCCCUUAGCCUGUGAUAUCGCCGAUACUGAAACGAAAUGGGCCUACUCCAUUGCCGAUGUGCGUUAUAAGAGCCCCACUCAACACAAGAUGAACUACUUCUUCGCUCCUGCUAUCAAUGAGUCGAUGCGAAUCAUGUUCCAUUCAUGCAAUGGUUUCAGCGUUGGUACAGACGAAGAGGCGUGGAGUGGACUAGCAUUAUGGAAUGACGUUAUGAGAAAUCAUGCUCAAGCACCAUUCCACGUUAUGAUAGGGGGUGGAGAUCAAAUCUACAAUGAUGGCAUCCGAGUAAGCGGGCCUCUGCGUGAAUGGACGGAUAUUGGGAAUCCGAAGAAGCGGCGCGACUUCCCCUUCCCUGAAAGUCUACGAGCAGCUUGUGACGACUACUACCUGAACAACUACAUUCGGUGGUACUCGAUGGAGCCCUUCGCAUCCGCGAAUGGGCAAAUUCCACAACUGAACAUAUGGGAUGACCACGAUAUUAUUGAUGGCUUUGGAUCAUAUAUCAACGAUUUCAUGAAGUGUGAUGUUUUCCGAGGCAUUGGCGGCACUGCGCACAAGUAUUAUAUGUUAUUCCAACACCACCUAGCACCACCUGCUUCGACAUAUACGUCAGAUGCCCCUGAGGCGUCGGCGCCUGGUACUACAGAGGACCCGAAGCAACUGGUCGACACUUUUGUUCGACAACAAACCUAUGAUUCAUCUUAUAUCAUCGGUAGCAAGCCUGGUCCAUACGUGACCCAGCACUCGAUGAACAUGUUUAGCAAACUUGGCGCUCGAAUUGCCUUUAUGGGCAUCGAUGCGCGUACUGAGCGUACUAGACAUCAAGUCAACUACCCAGAGACCUAUGAUCUCAUCUUUAAUCGCGUGAAAGAUGAGCUAGGAGCUGCGGCUGCUGCUGGCCAACCCUUCCGACACUUGAUCUUGUUAUUGGGUAUUCCAAUUGCCUAUCCGCGUCUCACCUGGUUGGAGAACGUUUUCAGCAGCCCGCUGAUUGCACCCGUCAAAUUUUUGAACCGAAGAUUCGGAUUUGGCGGUGGUGUUUUCAACCACUUCGACGGCAGUGUAGAUCUUCUCGAUGAUUUGGACGAUCAUUACACAGCUAGAACCCACAAGAAGGAGCGAAAUGCUCUAAUUCAACGUCUUCAAACCGUCUGCUCGGAAUUCUCAGUUCGGCUAACCAUUCUUGGAGGCGAUGUCCAUUUGGCAGCUUUAGGGCGCUUCUACUCCAACCCGAAUCUGCAUAUUCCCGUUGAGGAGGACCAUCGUUACAUAGUUAACGUGGUCUCUUCUGCAAUCGUCAACAAACCACCACCAGCGGCAAUUGCCAAUCUCUUGGCGAGCCGCAACAAGAUACAUCAUCUUGACGCCGAUACGGAUGAGACCCUGAUGGCUCUAUUCGAUAAGGAUCCCGGCAACACUAGCAAAACGCGAGCAUCGAACAAUGUCACUAUGCCGAGUCGAAAUUAUGCCAUUCUUACAGAGAACUCGCCAAACAACUAUAUCCCUUCUAAUGGGCAUGCAGACCCAGAUGCUAAUCCAGCAGAGACGCAGUUUGAUGGCAAGGACGGCCACUCAUUCCUGUCUAAAGGUGAAUAUGGCGCGGGCACGAAACACAGGGCGGCUAAUUUUGAUACCCACGGCCAAAAUAAUGACGGCAGUCUUGACGUUUGUAUUCGGGUUGAGAUCGAUCAGCACGAUAAAGACGGCAAGACUGAGCCGUACGGUCUAACUAUUCCAGCUCUGAACUAUGAACCCGGGAAGUUCAGCACUAAUGCGCACACCCAUCAUCUUCGCCAUCACCGAAGUAGACCAGACACUGUGGGAAACAUGAGUACUGCCCCAAGUACCGCCCCAUCGUUACCACUCUCAGCACCGGAGGCUAGUCGCUAGCGACAACUAGUUUGUCAACCAUGCCCUAAUAAGCGCGCUUGAACGCGUGUCUAGAAUCGGUGGUGGUAUAAAAGAUGUAAAAGAUGGAACGUGCUUGUGGGGACGUGAAUUUUCGUCGUCCUUGGCGAGAGGAUGAGAAUAUGGAGAUUUGAUUUGCGCGUGCUUAGAUGGAAAGGAAGGAGAAAAAACAAUACCCAAGAGGA